AUGGCAGCUGAUGUAUCCACCCAGGCAAAGCCUGCUGCGUCAGUUAGCAUGGAGGACAUUGCGCAGAAGGUGCAAUUGUUGUCGGAGAAGACACUCCGAGAUAUCGCCAAAGGACCUCUGGUGAAAUUUACACUGGCAAAUCAAGACAUCGAAAAUGUGACCAGGGUAUGGCAAUCAUUGAUACAAACACUAUCAACGGCGUCUUUAUCGCCAGGACAUUCUGCGGAAGCAUGCAAUGCGACUUCUGCAUUCAUCGAUGCUGCUACCAAGUCGAAAUCCGAUGAGACUAAGCAGCUGGUUCUAUCACAAGAAGUUUGGCUGUCAGUCUUCGACAUCUGUUUAAAUCGAUACGAAGACGCCAAACCAAAGCCAAUCAAGCUAAUUCUGUCUUCAAUCACCGCUGUCUUGGCUAAGGGCCAUCAGGGCGCGUCAAGAACAGCCAUUCAAACCGCGGUAAUUGAUGCAGUCAUCCCUAGCAUCGUGCUUGGUGAGCCUCAAUCACGCCUUAAAGGAUGUUUGGUAUUCCUAGACUCUUUUAUCAGAAGAGAUGCCAUCUUGCCCAGCGAGUUCAUUCCGUUACUUCGCGAAUGGCUCGCUAUGAACAAGGAACGAUGGGUUUCCUUCUUCAGCAAAGAUCAUGAAACCCUUUCUCUCGGCGGAACCGAGGCCACCCUGGAGAGUGUGUCUGACAACUUGUCAGAUGAAUUAGCGGCCAAAAUAUUCGUCCUGGGGCUUCUGGUCCAGACCAACAAUAAGACGAUGUCCGUCCCUGCGGGUAAUCUACUGUCAGUUCUGAUCCAAAAGAUGAAACCCGAAACAUCCGCACAGAAGCUGUCAGAAAUGUGGGUGUCUCCGGCCAGACAUCUGGUCUUAGAUAAUGUGGAUACGUUGGAGGAUCUCUCCAGCAGACUUCUUCAGCCGCUGUUCACUGUGGAUCCCAAUGGCUUCAAGAUGUUCCUCGAGACACUUCCGGUGAAGAGUCUACUCGAGGGAGAUAUGACUGAUGCGCCUGAGGCGGAGUACAUGGUUCUUUUUGCUGCACUGCAAAUUGGAAAAAAGAUCAACCUGGUUCAUGAGGAUUAUAUCUUCGAUUCUGGCAAAUUAAAAAUUGAAAACAACGACAUACUGAUCCUCAAGAGUGAGGUCAUUGGCAGGUUUUUGCUUCACCGUGAACCUAGCAUCCGUAUUGCGGCUCUGUCUCUGUUGAUCACAACAUCUUCCACAAUCAAGCCAUUCACAGUUGGCGCAACCCAAGCAAUUCUCAAAGGACUCCCGUCCAUGCACGCGGAAUCCGAAGCAUAUGCCCGAGGUGAAAUUCUGAGUAUGAUGCGCAAGUUCAUUGUCCGCCUAAAGGGUGGUAUCGUGAGAGAGGAAGAUGCCGGUUUGAAGAUCCAGAAAGCCACCAGCAAACCAGCUACAGGUCACGCCCGCAACGAAACUGAGACAAAGGAGUUCCUGAAAUCAUACCUUACUCUGUUACAACAUGAUCUGCCUCUCGGCGCAUCAUACGCGCGGCAUAUCACAGCUCUCAAGUCUCUAAAGCUUUUGAUUGACUCAGGACUUGACCCACGCACAAACAUCAAGCUGCAGAAGUCUGAGAUGGAAAAUCUUUGGAAAGUCCAAGUCAAAGUUUUCGACGCUCAUCUACUUCGACUACUCAUCGAUCUAUUGUUAGAUUCAUUCGAAGAAGUUAGGCAAACUGCUCUUACCAUUCUGAAUCUCUGCCCGAGAGAAUUUCUGCUUGAAUGUCUGCAAAACUCGACAAAUGUAGGCAUGCGCCUGACAGAUGCACUGACCCGAGCAGAGAAUCUGGCAAGCAAUACAAGCAGAGCUGAUCACGCGGAUACCGUUGCUCGACUUUAUCAUCUCAUCUUUUGCGCUGCCUUGCCCGGGAACUCCGCCCAAGGAACACCAGGCUGGUGGUCAACGAAAGCCUCAGUCGUGGACACAAUCUUGACUAAACUGGAGGAGCGUCUCCUGGGCGCAAAGAGCUUGUUCAACUCUGUUAUGCGCGAGGCGCCGCUCCAUGGGUAUACUUCUGGGUUGAGAUACAUUGUCCUCAUGCCAAACUUCCACACCUUAAUCUCGGAUGACUCAGAGUCCACCGCGUGGAGAUUGGUCCAUGGGCGCAUCGAUGCCAUCUGCGAUAGAAUCUGGCAGGAGGCUAAACCUCUACUGUGUAUUGAUUCGCCGGAGGGUCACUCAGAUGAGCCUCUCGAAGAUUUGAACGUGGGACCCAAAGAUGCUCUUUCAUAUUCGUGGAGAUCACUGCGUGAAUCAAGCAUUCUACUCCACGCAACUCUAUUGAACACGAGCUAUGGCCCAAGUGGGAAUUCUGGGCUCAACCGCACCGACUUUGAGAAAAUCGGAGGAGCCAGUUUCACCCAGCUUGCCGAGCUUCGACACCGCGGUGCCUUCACAAACGUUUCACAGACAUUCGCAACGUGUUGCCAACGCUGUAGUGCCUCAAAAGACCCAGCGAUCCGGGAACUGACCCGUGGCUGGUACCAGGAAGCCAAGUCAACCAUUUUCGGCUCGGCUUCCAAACUCACUCGUCGCUCUGCCGGUAUACCUGCGAUGGUCACCGGCAUCGUCGGAUCCGAUCCCGGAACACCAUUCUUCAAGGAAGCAUUGAACGAGCUGCAUAAGAUUUCUUACCUUGCUGUAGAGUACGACAAGGAAAGGCAGUACUUGGAGCUGCCUCAGGUUCACGCAAUGAACUGCCUGAAAGAUAUCUUCACCAACAACAAACUUGGCCCUUACACUGAGCCCUUCAUCAUGAAAGCAUUGACUCUAUCCGCUGAUCGCUUGGGAUCGCCUAUCUGGGCACUUCGCAAUUCAGGCCUGAUGUUGUUCCGUGCGCUCCUGACCAAGAUGUGCCGAGUUAUUCCAGGCGCUGGACCUGGGUUUGGAGGAUCAUCCGGGUCUGAACCAGGUGCUCGAAUUACAUUCCCGAAGUACCCGGGCCUCCUUGAGUUGCUCUCUGGUCUUUUGACAACGACACAAGGCGAGGCAGCUGAGGGCACUGAUAUCAUCACCGAACGAGUGUUCCCUGCCUUAGAGUUGGUUGGCGAUAAAGUUCCCAGCCUGGAUGAUUCUACCGAUGAGAUGCUUCGUGGACUGGUCUUGCCACACUUGAGCAGCCCCGUUUGGGGUGUCAGAGAACAUGCAGCCCGUGUAUAUGCGUCGUUGCUCACUCGCCACUCUAUCCCAGAAGAUCUCCGUCGCCUAGCGGUUCUUCCGGAAGUUGCCACUGAGAACUACAUCCAUGGUGUAGCUUUGACUGUGCGGUAUGCUCUUCGUCGCUAUGCAGCGACGACCGAUGACUUCUGGAUGGGAAAUCUCGACGGUCUCUUCGAGACUCUUCGUUCCUUGUUGGGAGUGCUCUUCAGUGCUGGGAAAUCGCCCACAGUUGCAACUGAGCUUGUUGAAAUCCUCAACGGCACGCUAGAACGAGCUAUUCAAGCGCAUGGUGAAGAAAAAAUUACUUCUUUCAUCAGCGAGAUGUUCGAAGUCCAUGACUUAAAUGAAGUCUUGGGCUUUGUAUUUGGCACCUCCUACACUGGCUGGAAUCUCUCAAGCGUCACUCGAGCAUCCGCUCUACUUAGAAGAGCGCUGGCUUGGUGCAGUGUGAUGAAAAUGCUUGCCUCGAAGGAAUGGGAGCAACUCCCAGCUUUCUACCAAGGUGUCUCCCAGUUUGACCCUGAUGUCGCUCGCUGGAUCUCAGAGCAGCUUCAUGAAACCAUUGGCGAUGAUGAAAGAUAUAGAAAACCAUUGUACGAGCUCUACUCUUCAGUGGUAUUGGGAUCGGGAGCACCAGACGUCAAGACAAUGGCUGCGUCAAACCUAGCCUCAAUCCUGGAGAAUCUGUUGUCGUCUCAACCUGAUACCUUGGCAACCAUAGAUCUUCCCUGGGAGGCUAUCUUGGAUGCUUUCAGACCCGAGACUGAAAUCGAGACCUGGAAUCGAGAGGCGACCGACGCCGAGCUUCGCCUUCGUGGCUGCUUACUGGCGAUUCGCACAACUUUGAACCCUCAACAUGCACCAUCCUCUUUCGAGGCCGAUGUGCAGAAUUUGACGAUCAAGCUUCGCUCAGCCCUAAGUGAAGAAACAGAAUUUACUACUCGUUUUGCUGCAGUCACAUCUGUGAACAGCUUCUCACGGGCUAUUCGACCGGCUAGGAGUCAACCUCGCACCGACGCUGUCCUGUUGGAUGUCUACUUGACACUGUAUGAUUUGCUCAACGAUGACGACGAUGAGAUUCGCGAUGCCGCAGCAUCAACAGCCUCUUGGCUAUUGUCACACUCCUCGAUCUCCCCUGAUACCGAUGUUACUCUGGCGCCCUUGAAUGCCAGUGCUCUCCUGGCAGAAUUCAUCAUCCGUAAUUAUACGACAUCGCCAAUUCUUGGUAGACGAGUUCUACUAUACUUGACUGGCCAAGAACCAAGAAUCAGUGGAUCAAGCGAAACCAAGCGCCUUGUUCCCGUGUCCGACUUGAUUGCCGAGUAUCGACAGGACAGCACCGUGCUCUUUGAGGAGGAGAAGCAGAAUUUGUUCAUCGAUGAUGCUCGUGAGGUUCAGGUCUGGUCUCGAGCCCUGGUGCAAUUAGAGCAGUCAGCCUACACAGACUCCCCUGUGCAUGAAGUGUCCACCUGGGCCACUCAAGGGUUGUCCUAUCUGACAUCUCUUGUCGGCCCUGGCGCGGAGCCGGACGGUCUUCUGGGUUGGGCUUCCAAGCCGGAGAUCUUCAAUUUGGGAUUCCGUGUCAUUGCCAUUGCAUCGGCUUUGAAACCAGACGAGUCUCGAGAAUCCAUCGCGCGCUUGCUGGAACUAGGCCGGGAGGUAUCACUGCACGGGCAUCUGCUGGCUGUGCUUUCUGGUGUACUCGAGUAA